AUGGCAGGAGCAGUAGCAGGAGGACUCUUUAAUGCAUUUGCAUUUGCGGGAGCAGGAUUUUUGUUUAAAAUGUUUGACAAGAAUGGAUAUGCUGAGGAAGCCAAAAGACAUAACCUUGCAAUGGAGAACCUAACAGCUGAAAGAGAGAAGUACCUUGAAGAGGUCACUGAUAGGAGAAACAAAAUUGCUCAGCUAAAGUCAGAACUAAUUAAGGCAAAUAGGAAUAUCAAUUCAACGAACCAGUCACUGGAACUGGUUAGAAGAAUCAGUGAGCUAAGACGCAAGCCUAUGCCAAGGAAGCCGCAAUUAAGUAAUCACUACAAACCUAGCUCCGAGAUGGGAGAAUAUAUGGCACUAUUUGGUUUAAUUGCAGGUGGGGCGGUUGGAGGGGCAGCUUAUUUAAUUCUAUAGAAAAUACCAUAAAAAUUUUCACACCUAUAGUAUAGGGAAAUGGACUGGCUUCAAACAGUGACACCAGAGGAAGUAGUAGCCCUAGGAAAAAGGGUAGACACAAUAGAAGAGUUAGAAGCUGCAGUCAAAAAGUAUGCGGAACUAAGAAUAAUAAGAAGACGUUUAAAUACACCCCGAAAAUCAGCAGAAAAUUUUCACACUAAUAGUAUAGGGAAAUGGAAUGGUUACAGAUGGCAACACCUGAGGAGAUAGCACAUGUAGGUAAAAGGGUAAAUACACUGGAAGAGUUAGAGGCUGCUGUGAGGAAGCACGCAGAGAGUAGAAUAAAGAGAAAACACACAUAUGAUCCAAUAUGUAGUGAAUGUGGAAGUAAGUCUAUUGUAAUGAUAGAUGGAGCAGAUACAUGCACACAGUGUGGUACUAGUGAUAUGAGUAACUUCACAUACUACGUUAGUUACAACUACAACAAGGACGACGACUACCUGAAAAAGAAGUCUUGCCACAACAGAGUCCGUUGGUUUGAGAGACACUUAUUCGAACAUGUUGCUUCCAGGGAUAGGGACACCAUAAGGGAGCAGUUUAGAAGCAUCGUAAGAUGUAUACAAAGACUUAGACUGCAAAGGGGGCGCAACAUAGUUAGAUACAAGUUUUACCUACUGAGGAUAGCCAGUAUGAAUGGUAUAACCUUGAGAAACCCUCCUGAGGAUAUUAAGACUCAAAGGAUUGUGGACAUCCUUGAGGAUAGGUUGUAUGGGAAAGUUUUCGUUGAGCUUGGAUGGAAACCUGAGAAUUGUAAAUAUUACAAUAAAUGGAAAAUAAAGAAUAUAAUAAAAAUAAAUUAUUAAUUUUAUAUUAAAAAUAAAUGAUUAAUUUAAUGGGAAAAUAAAUGAUUAAUUUUAAUAUAAUAAAUUAUUAAUUUUAAUAUAAUAAUAAAAAUAAAUGAUUAAUUUAAUGGGAAAAUAAUUGGGGUAGUUAAUUGGUAAUAAAUUAUUAAUUAAAUACUCCAAUUUUUUUUACAUAUAUAGUAUAUAGGAAUAGUUGAAAAAUAUGGCGAGUUACUUUAACAUGAACGAAUUCAGUGUAAAACAACUUUUUGCUCUUAACAGCAUCCUGGAUGACAGCGAUAGUGAUACAGAUGUGAGAUUAGAAGACGUCAUAAAGGACAGAAACUACAGGAUUGCACCUAAUGAUAAGGGCAAAAGUCCCUUUGAAGGAGAAAGACAAUUCGUAGACGAAGUUGACCGUGAUAUGGAGGUAAAGAAACCUAGACGUAUUCCCCUGAACUAUAAGGGAAGAAGAGGAAUUAUGCCAACGUGGAAGUACUCUGACAGGCAAAAGGCAAAGGCCCUACUUGUAGAGGAAGCAUACCAAAAUCUACUAGCAAGAGGCGUUCAGGGAUUACCACCAACAAUGGGAGACAGAUGGCGCACGGAUGAUCCUCAAGUAAACGAGGAAAUCAAGAGGAUUGAAAAUGAAAGGAAUCCUAAGAUAAAGCGUCCCAGAGGUAGACCACCAAAGGUAAAGGCUGAUGUUAAGGUAAGAAAGCAAACCGUAGCAGAAAGAUUCCUGAGACAAAGGAAGGUAAUUAAAACUCUCAGUGCCUGCAGAUAGUGUCAUAACUCCAACAGGUCCAGGUAAGUUUACAAUUUACGUGGAUCUUAAUAAGAGACCUGUGAGGAAAGCUCCUGAGGUACCUAAGGGCGUAGCUCCAUGGAGACCAACACGUAAGCCCAGAACGGUACUUCCUAGGGAAAGACCUGUACCGAAACCUAGAACUAAGCUUCUUAAGGAAAGACCUGUACCGAAACCUAGAACCAUUAAAGUAGUGUCUCCUCCUAAGGUCCGUAAGCCUGUAAGGGUGUCGAGGGAAGUCAAGGAGCAGCCUACAGUGGUUACACCAGAGGAACACGAAAUAGAUCCAUUUGGAACAGACCUUGAAAAUCCAUUCCACAGGAAAAUCGAAACAGCCGCAAAUGGAGCCGCUGUGACCUACUCGAUAACUCCUCAUUAUAUGGACCCUCUGAACCAGAUGACUGCAAGUAGACAGGUAGUGAGAGGAAUACUUGUGAAUGAGUUGAAGAGAAUGGGUGGGUUAAAGUACACAGAGACCCUUAAGGUAAGAAUGUCAAAGGAAAUCGGCAACGGAAAAACAAAGAAGGACUCAGUCUACUUCAAGUCUAAAACUGGUACUGCAACUAACUUCGAGGACAUUGAAAGUACAGCUGCUCAAAACCAACUGACAAUAUUAUCUAGAAUUGAAACCUUCCAAAACUUAGGUUCAAAUUGGAUUGUACUCAAUAUUGAGAGUCAUUACGUAAACAUCGCAAUGUACAAACCAUUAAAGGGUAGUUCAUAUAUGAAACUUCCAGGGGACAUUAGCAAUCCAAAGUGUGGGCUCAUCAAUAUGAAGAACAAUGACAACAUGUGUUUCCUGUGGAGUCAUGUGAGACAUCUAAAUCCUAAGGCUAGGAGGGCAACCACUAUUACACAGAAAGACAGGGAUUUCAUAACGAACCUGGACUAUGAUGGUAUAGACUUCCCUGUGAAGAUAAGUGACAUUGAUAGAAUCGAGAGGAAAAACAGUAUCAGCAUAUCUGUGUUUGGUUAUAAGGGUAAGAAACAGUUCUACCCUAUAAGGAACUCCAAGGCUAAAUAUGAUGAGCAUAUGGAACUUCUACUCCUAGGUGAUGGUGAAGGUAACAACCAUUAUGUGCUCAUAAAGGAUGUUAACAGAAUGCUCUUCAGUGUAAGUAAACAUACACAUAAGAAACACUUCUGUCUACACUGUCUUCAUAGUUGUGUGAGCAAAGAGGUACUGGAGAAGCAUAAGGAGACAUGUCUGGAGGUAAAUGGAACUCAGGCUGUAAAGCUUCCCAAGGAAGGGACAAAAAUCAAGUUCAAAAAUCACAGGAACUCAAUGCCUGUGCCGUUUGUGAUAUACGCUGAUUUUGAGUCCAUACUGGUGCCUGAGGAGAGAAAAGAGAAGUCAGAGAACCCUGAGGACAAAAGUAGUACAGACCUUUACCAGACACACAAAGCUUGUAGUUUUGGUUUGAAGACAGUCUGCCACUAUGACGAUAAGUACUCUGGUGAGUAUAAGAGUUAUGUUGGAGAGGACGCUACAUUGGUCUUCCUAAAGACUGUAUUGAAAGAGUCCUUCAGAUGUAGAGAGAUGGUCAACAAUAUAUUCAAGAAAAAGAUGGUAAUUACACCCAAACAGGAAUUCGAAUUCCAGGCUGCAAGAAACUGUUCAAUAUGUGGUAACGAUCUUGGUGAGGACAGGGUAAGGGAUCAUGACCAUGUAACAGGAAUGUACCGUGGAGCUGCUCACAAUAUAUGCAACCUGAAGUACAGAAUUACAUGGAAAGUGCCUGUGGUCUUCCACAACCUGAGAGGUUAUGAUAGUCAUCUGAUUAUGCAGGAAAUUGGUAAGUUCAAGAUGGACGUCAACGUGAUCCCAAAUAAUAUGGAAAAAUACAUCUCAUUCUCACUGGGCAAGAAUCUUGUCUUCAUAGACUCUAUACAGUUCAUGGCUUCUUCACUGGAAGCACUGGUGAGUAACCUUUCACCUGAGAACUUCAGGAUAGUAGGUAAGAGGUGGAAGGGUGAGGACUUCAAUCUAGUGACACAAAAAGGAGUCUUUCCAUAUGAAUUCUUGGAUGACAUUAGCAAACUUGAUACAAAAGGUCUCCCGAGUAGAGAUAAGUUUUACUCAUCACUGUACGAGUCAGAGGUGAAGGAAGAAGAUUACCAAAGAGCUCAGAAAGUAUGGGAUCACUUUAAGAUGAAAACCAUGAGAGACUACCACGAUCUCUACUUGGAGACUGACGUUCUUCUGCUGGCUGAUGUAUUCGAGAACUUCCGGAGAACAUGUCUGGAAAAUUACAAACUUGACCCUGCACAUUACAUGUCAGCACCCGGUCUAAGUUGGGACGCUUUUCUAAAACAGUCAGGUGAAGAAAUAGAACUUGUAAGUGAUAUGGAUAUGUUUCAGUUCUUCGAGAAGGGUAUGAGGGGUGGUAUAAGUUAUAUUGCCCACAGACACUCAACAGCUAAUAAUAAGUUCAUGGAAACGUAUGACGAGUCGUCUGAGAGUAAGUACUUGAUGUACCUCGAUGCUAACAAUUUAUAUGGUUGGGCAAUGUCACAACCACUACCUAACGGAGAAUUUGAGUGGGUUGAGGAAGUUGAUGGUAUGAAUCUAGAGGAUUACCUGGAAGACAGAAAAAGAGGGAUGGUUUUAGAGGUUGACCUGGAAUAUCCACAAGAACUUCACGAUCUACAUAACGGUUAUCCUCUAGCACCGGAGAGUAAGGAAAUCAGUGCUUCUAUGUUGUCAGAUUAUGCGAAGAGUAUUGCUGAGAAAUUCCAACUGACAAUUGGAGGAGUAAGAAAACUAGUGACUUCACUAGGUCCCAGGAAAAAUUACGUCUUACAUGUACGUAAUCUGAAACUGUACACAGACCUUGGGAUGAAACUCACGAAGGUCCAUAGAGCGGUUACAUUCAAACAGUCUCCCUGGCUUAAGGACUAUAUAGACUUCAAUACGAAGAAAAGGUCAGUAGCUCGUAACACGUUCGAAAAGAACUUCUUUAAGUUGAUGAAUAAUUCGAUUUAUGGAAAGACUAUGGAAAAUCUUAGGAAAAGGGUUGAUGUGAAAUUAGUGUCCUCAAAAGACGACCUCCUAAAACUGACGGCAUCACCGUGCUUCCAGUCACAUCGAAUUAUGAAUGAGAAUCUUGUAGUUGUAAAAAGAAUGAGAGAAGUUCUAACGCUAAAUAAACCGUGUUACGUAGGAAUGAGCAUCUUAGACUUAUCCAAGACUUUAAUGUAUGAUUUCCACUACAACACCAUCAAAAAGGAGUACGGUAAUAAUUCAAGGCUACUGUUCACUGAUACUGACAGUCUAAUGUAUGAACUGAAGACGGAUGAUGUUUAUGAGGACUUCAGGAGGAUUGGUGAAGAGCAAGACUGUUGGGACAAUUCAGAUUAUCCAAAAGAUUCUCCGUACUACUCAACUCACAACAAGAAGGUUAUAGGUAAGUUUAAGGAUGAAGCUGAAGGAGUACCCAUAAUUGAGUUUGUUGGGUUAAGGUCAAAAAUGUAUUCCUAUGUCAAGGAAAACGGUGGGGGUGGAAUGACUGCUAAAGGAGUCAAAAAGUAUGUCAUCAGAAACAAGCUCACUCAUGAGAACUUCAAGAACGUAAUUAACACGAAAGGUAGGAUGAGACAUAAUAUGAAUACAAUCAGAAGUGUAAAGCAUACAAUUGGAACUUACGAAUUAAAGAAGGUUACUCUGAGUUGCUUUGAUGAUAAAAGGUAUCUUUUGGAGGAUGGAGUUACCAGUUAUGCUUAUGGUAACAAGAAUAUAAAAAAUAGUGACUGAGAAGUUCCCACAGAGUAGAAAGUAAUAAUCCUAAAGGGUAAAUAAGCAGGAAGGGCCCCCUGCCUUGUGUACCCUCAAGGAGGAAAUAAAAGAUGUCGAAAAGGCUUUGGAAUAGGAAGGUUGGACGAUAUUAGGAAAGUGUAGGAUAAUCGUAUUAGAGUCUCAGCUGGACUGGUAAGGUGAUCCCGAAGCUUUGAGAUAAGUUAAAUGAAAAACAAGAAUAGCAGUUUCACAUUUCAAUUAAAUGGACCAACCAUUAAUUUUAAUAAAAUAAAAAUAAAUGAUUUUUACUAAAGAUAAAAAAACUAGUGGUCUAGAAAAAUUGCCAAUGGUCUAAACACGCCAGUUCCUAUACUACUGUAGUUCAAUGACGUCUUAGUACCCUAACCCUACUCCUAACCUUUUUUUGCGUGACUUGGAGUCGGACGUCUUACUCCGGCUUGGAAUUGACUCGGAUUUGACUUGGUAAAUGGAUUUACGCUGUCACGAUGGCAAUUUUUCUCGCGGAUUAAUUACACGGUUUAGCUCAGUUGUAAUUUCGCGCAACAAGACCACGAAUUGCGUAAAUUCUAUUAACUAACAUAAUAUGACAUCUCAAUCAAAUAUAUUAUUAAAUAUUUGGAGGGUUUUAUAGAUGGAAAUUAUCGAGUGGAAAUUCUAUGUAGCUACUACUGUUCAAAACACGAGCAGGAGUACUUGUUUAUCAGGUAUAAAACACGAGAGCGCAGCUCUAGUGUUUUAGUCCGGCUGAUAAAGCACUCCCGCUCGUGUUUUAAAUAGUAUACUUACAAGAUGAAAUUAUCGAAGGGGGCAGGAGGGGCAGCCGCCCCCGUUGCCCUUUACCAGGAGGGGCAAGGGGGGCAAAGGUGCCCUUUCAAUUUAAAGGAUUGCCUUGGCGAAAUAUAGCAAAUUGUCAGAAAUUUUAAUGCAAUUCUUUUGCGAAUUUGCUUCAGAAAACGUAAGAAAUGCAGUCAUUGCGAGCUUCAAGAAUACUGAGCACAAUCUCCUGGCGGAGAACCCCCUCACACCCCUAUCAUCCAAUAAAUUAGAAAACGUGAUUAGGUGAAGUUAAACUCCAGAUGUUUUGCAAACAUCUCUUAGUAUAUAUCAAUUCAAAAGUGCCCUUUCACGAAAAUCUGCCCCCCUUGCCUUCACAUCGUUCCGGCGUCCCUGCAUUUAUUACACAUUCACACUAUAAAUGUAGAAUUUCCACUCGAUAAUUUCCAUCUACAAAAGCCUACAACUGUUAUUCAAUCGAGUGAGAUGCCAGCAAAAUCUUCAUAUUAAAAAUAUCUAAUAUAUAAAUACUAUAUGCAAUCAUGCCAUCAUGAAGUAGUUACAUUUGGUGUUUUUGCGAAUUCAUGAGCCGUGUCAACCUUUUAUUAAACCAUAUUUUGAAUUGUAUCUUUGCAUCUGGACCAGUUGCUGCCCAGGUUUUAUUUUGGCAUUUAUAAUGUGGCUUUCUUAGAACAUCAGGUUUGUAAUACUUCAGUAAUAACGUCAUUUCAUUACGAGGACAUUUUGCCUUGAUGUCCAUAAACAUACAAUGUUUUAACGGGAAUAUAUCUGUCUUGACAUGGUCCUUUUGAUAUUCGUGAUCACGUAAAUAUACAUCGUGCUCGCGAUAAACGAAUACGUCAACAUAAACUCCGCGAGAUAUCAAACGUGCCCCUGGCAAUUUAAAAGAGCAGGGAUCGUGUGCACGCUGCGAUGUACGUCCCAUACAAUCCACUCGAGUCCUAUGCCGUUCAUCUUUGUUCGCGAAAUCCUCUUGCACUGCAAGGAAUAUUUGACUGGAACGAUAAUUAAACGGUUUUCCAGAACGAAUAACGCGCACUUUUUGAUAAUUUUUCCAAGUUACGCACACGUCAAUGUCUCGGUCAUAGGGUAUUAAAUCCCCGUCUCUUAACGAACCAAUCAGAGAACCGCCGCAUAGAAAACUGGAUAAAUUAUAGUAAUUAUCUAAAGCCAUCCAGUAAUUAAACAAAUACUUAAGUGUUUGCUUAUGAGGAUUAGCAGGGCAAUUUGAACCAUAUAUACUUUCUGUAACUAUUCCUGAAUUAUUUGACCGUCUUUUAGAAAUCAUAGUUUUAUCAUUUUGAAUCUUACUAAUUUUGGAUGUUGUACUUUUGUAUUUGUUAGCACUAUAGCCCAAAAUCUUUGUCCAAGACCAAGUAUUGACUAUUUCAUUGUCUGCGCUACUCUCCAUUAACUGUUGUCUAUUCUGUAGUUCGCGCGUUUUGAGAACAGCUGACAAUGCCAAUGGCGACUUGACAAGCGCUUUUAAAAAGAGCAAGACCACACAGAAAAAAAUCACUUUUAAAAUCCACUCUUUACUACUCUUCCUUAAAGCCAUGUAACGCAUGUUAGAUUGCACGAGGCUUUUCAUUCAAAAUUGUUUUUUAUUUAUUUUAUUCCACAUGUUGUUGCUACGUCUUUGCAAAAAGAACAUGCAGGUACUUUAUCAAAUAGCACCAGUAUGAUAAACAUUAUAUUUAAUUCUUAUUUUUGAGACCUGCUAUCAGUUGGCCAGAAAGAAUAUAGACUUUGGGAAUAUGACAUUGGGAAUAUGACAUUGAGACUGUGAUAUCUUUUGUUAUGUUUUCUUAAAUUUGACCAAGAUCCUUCUUAUGAAGAUCCUUUUUGUACUCCAAUUUUGCCAAAUCAUCGAACUCGAUAUGAUCAGAUCACAAUCAUCGGUCCUGAUCGGAUUGAUUUCCGUAUUGUCCAUACUACAUAUGUAGAACAUCAAUGAUUAAUAUAUACACAUACACCAUUUCUAUAAUUACAUAACGAAUACAUUCUCGUCAUGGUAGCCUCGCUUUAGUGUAUCAGGACAAAAGGUAUAUUAUAUAAGGGAACAAGGAUUCAUGGAUUUAUAACGUAAUUAUCGAAAGUGCAUGUAUACUACCGUAAAACUGCAGAUGGAUAGGGAUUCAAUUGCCUCAAAAAUACAAGUAAAACUUCGACGUUUCGAGCGAAGAUCCUUCGUCGGGAAGUUAGUAACUUCGGGCACCCCCCCCCCUCCCUCCUCCCGUGGCUACGCCGUCCGGCCGUUUCCGACCCUACUUUCAGCACAUAAAGUGGGAACCGUUCGAUUUAUUGGUCUUUAUUAACUCCUCAAGAAUGCGAAGUUCGGUAUUGAAAGUCUGAAGUCGGAGGCCCAUCGUCUGCACUUUGAGAUCCGAAGUUUAAAGUCCCUCCACAGUUCAGUACUUUUCAGUUUAUAAAGCAGGCGUCUUGACAUAUACGAUAAAAAUGUAUCAAUUAAAUAUUAACCACCGUAGCACGUGAUCAUCAGGUAACUUUUACUAAUAAUCGUAAGGGUCGCCAAGUCGUAAGGAAAUCGUAAGGAAAUCGUAAGUCGUAAGGAAAUCGUUAAGGGUCGCCAAGGAACGGAUAGUCGUGGACUCUCUGUCUUCCUUCUUCCUCCCCCCCUCCCCCUCCCCCUCCCCUAGCUCGGUCAUACAGUUCAUGCUCGCCGCUGCAUUUAAGCCUAUUAAGUUAUUCACAAUAAUCAAACGAGCAUUUUGACACUUCAACAUUGUCAGCUUCAUAAAUUGAUUAUAAGACUCAGUCGGCGUAGUCGGCGAAAAUUAUAGUUAAACAGUCAAUAAAGCAAGGCCAAACUACUUGUUUAAAUAAUCUCAGAGCAUUUCGCUCACUAUGUAAAACCAAUAAAAGUUUUAAACUGUUCAACUGUUAUUACUUUUUUGUCGGCUAAUUAAAAAUUUAGAAGUUGACAUUUGCUGCGCGCAAUCAAUUUCCUCUAACUGCAUGCAGGUGAAGUUCUUGACCGUAACGGCGUAAGGCUUUGCUGCCAAUCUUGGCGAAAAACAUGGCGUUAUAGAUUUAAUCACAAGACAUGUAUAUAUAACUGGCCUGCAUAGAAAAAAUUAUACUGAAAUGAAAAAAAAUUACUUGCACGAGCACGAAAAAGUAGUACAUCAAUUUAUAUCCUAAUUAUAUCAUAGUAUACUCUAAUGUGAUAUGAUAUGCAGCACGCGCCUUUUUAUUGCACUGGCACUCAAGUCUCAAGAUACAAAAUAGACUAGAACUAAUAAGUAAUGCGUACAGACUACAGCCUACUGCAUACAGUUACUAUAAUAAAAAGAUCCUACAGGGUAAAAAAGUUUGCUGCAAUACCAAUGUAAUGCAAUUAGUUAGAACAAUAAUUUGUGAAUAUAGCUAGUGUGUGUAAAAGGCCAUCUCAAAAUUUCGACACUUUCCCCUAUGUAUAAAUAAUCCACUAAAAAUCGCCACCUCCCUCAAAAAUAGGAAGCUCUAUCUCGUAAGAAGUAUUGACUUUUUCAACACUUAUCAUUAUCGUAUUUUGCCAAGGGUCAGUAAUGAGCCGUUUUGCGAAAAAGGUUUGCUUCAUUGCGAGGGUCGCCAACUCGAAUAACUGUAAUGUCCUCCUAAAGUAUAUUUUUGCACAAACAGCAAGCCUCGAUCUUUAAAAUCAUGCAUGUGUCAGCUUUCCAAAAUAGGCUAAAUCUCAGCUCCUAUUUUGAAGACGAAAUCAAAGUCUUUUUUGCGUUCUUUCGUAUCCAACUCAUUUUUUACGUUCUUUCGUAUCCUACCUCAAUUACGAAAUCGAGUUAUAAUCACAAAAGAUCAUGAGUGACCGUGGAGUGUGUUUGGAGGGGAGGGGGGGGGGGGGCACAUCCGCAGGUGAAUGAAGCCUAUUGUUGUCGGAUUAUUUUAACCACUAUAUAUCAAUUACCUACCUUUUUUCUUUUUAAUUGGGGAUGGGGUAUUCAUAUAAGGAAGUGUUGAAAUUUUGAGAUGGCCCCUAACGGUCUAACCUAGACGUAUAGCUUCUUGGCAGCUUAUCUACAUCGUCAGAACCUUUGAUAAACAUGCAUUUUCACGAAAACAUUUACACUGUACAUCUGUAGUAUAGUGUAAGAUGUAUAUGACCUUUUCAAAAUAUUGGACACUUUUAAUUACCUUCAGGGAGGCAGAUGUUUUUGCAUAAUUUUAAUUUCCGCUAACCUUUUACUGUUUAAAUGAAUUAUACAAAGUUAUUGAGUUUUUGAAGUUCUUACACAAUAUAUUAAUAGCAAGCUAAUCCUAUAAUAUCUUUCUUUAAUGUGUUUUGGUUAAGUUAGCGGGAAUUUAAUUCAAGUGAUACAAUCAUUUGAACGGAUAAUUAGUCUAUAUUAUAUUGAACAGAUGCAAUUUAAUUUAUUCAAAAUAACUACGUUGUCGUUAAAUAAAACCUAAAUGAAUUUCAAAAUAUCUAGUUAGGAUGCGGCGUUUUACCCAAUUUGUUAUAUUUAAUUAAUUAUGAAGCUUUAUGUUUCCUUUAUAAUUUAAUUCUACUUCCAAAAAGCGGUGCAGUAAUAAUAUAAUGUUAGUAAAGAUGGUAUGAUUUAAAUACGAGACAUUUUUAAUUUUUGUUAAACGCGGACAUGCAAAUUCUUGUAUAGACCUUAACUUUAUGGCAUCAUGAACCGAGACUGAUUUCUAUGUGAUAUAGGCAUUACUGCAGGCUAUAUAUGAAGCUUCUUUGACAAAAUUAUUUUUCCAACCGUUGUCACUGUGUAAGUGUAAUGUCUUUUUGUAGGGCUAAUAUUCAAAUAUGAUUUGUUGGGCACAAAUACAUUCAAAACAUGUUGUUGAGUAAGAACACAAAAAUCUAUAUAGCAUUAUUAUUAUAGGUCCAGUUUGAGCAAAUAAAUAAAUAUUUGUUAUUCUAAUAUACGUCGUUUUCUCACCGUCAGAAUUCGGUAAAAUCUUCCCCCAAAGUGCAUGAAAUGGCAUUUCAGAGACUCUAAAUUUCACAAUUUUCUGGGGCAGCAUGCCCUCGUACCCCCUAGAGAUCUCGUGGAUUUGGCACUCGAUACCGGUUAGCGAUUGACCGAUAGUCGGUAUCGGGCCGAUUUUUGCCUUAUCGGUAGACAAUCGGAAUCGGUAGAAUUAUCUAUAUUUCCGAUUGUCUAAAACCGAUUGUUGAGAAAAUACACACCUUAAAAAAUAUAUGCAUUGCACGUAAUUGAUAUACACGUUGCGUUUUAACGCAAUAUGUUAAAUUAAUGCGUAAAGCGUGCCAUUUUAACGGUUUUAACGAUCUUUGAUUGCAGUAACAUGUUAUGUUGGAAAUUAUCGUUAAAAAAUCGACAUGAAUGACGUCACCUUUACUCGGUCGACUGGUAUUAUGACGUCAUUUUAAAAUCGGUAUCGGGUGGAUUGUGGCAUGAAUAAUCGGUAAUUUCCGAUUGGUGCAUAAUCGAUCAAUCACUGAUACUUGUGCCUGGUCCCAUGGGCCUAUAGGGAUGAUAAUGCGCAGGUCCACUGUGAAGAGCAACGAACAGAAUAUUCCUUGAGGACGAGGAUGGUACGUUUUUAGGUACAUUUUUACGUUCUUUUCUGACCAUGCACACCCUUUUCGUCAAGCAAAGCGACAAGAUCGUAAUUAAAAAGGAUCUAUAAUUCAAGCAGCAGAAAAGGAACCAACUAGAAAAGGAGCCAACUUAAAUUUGACUGCAUCGUUGAAUUCUUUAUCAAUCCACUUAUACCCCUUAAUCUUUUUCAGCUAGUUCAGACUCAAACCAUGGCGGAUUAUAGACAAUUAUACACGAAACAUUGAUAUUUAUUGCAUUACGUUGGCAAUAUUCAUUUUAUAAGUAUCGAUCAUAUAAGUAUAAUCAGUUGAAGAAAAGAAUGUUACAUAAUGACUAAUGUUGUUGUUGUUGAUUACAAAGACUUGGUUGUUGAUUUUGUGGUUAUUUUUCAGUUGUUAAUGAGAUUGCUGUUGUUGUUGUUGUUGUUGUUGUUGUUGUCGCUGCUGCUGUUGUUGUUGUUGUUGUUGUUGUUGUUGUUGCAUGGCGUUGUUGGUGAGAAUUAAUGUUGAUUAUAAUUGUGCAUUUAUUUGCUGUCCCUUAUAUAUAUUAUUACUAAUUCCAUAUCAAAAGAACAAUAGAACAUGCAAUAAUAGACCAGACACAUAAAGUUGGUUUUGGUAUACAUGCGCAGAUAAUGAUUCCCUAUGAUGCGCAUAUAGUCAAAUGCAAAUUAGUAUUCAGGCCUUGUAUCCACGUACACCCAACUGCAGUUUGCAUUGACCAGCACAUCAUGGGAAAUAGUUCAAAUUUUAAUUUAGAUUCAAAAUCUAGACAUUUUCUGUUCAGUCAUGAGCAUAAGUAUAUAUAACCUUAAAAAAUAGAACCUUAAGAAAAUGAAACAUUAGACACUUCAAAUUAAAUGCAGCUGCAGAUAUGUUCAUGUACUUUAUUGCUUCAGCAGCAAUAUAAUAUGUAUCGAAGUAAAUAUAUAUUGCUUAGUUUAUGACAAUGAAGACGCGGCAAAACGGAUACACUCGAAUUAAUUUGUGAAAUUUUAGCACCGUUAUGAACUAUAUUUUCAUUAAAUUGCGUGUAAAAUAAGAGAUUAUGUACACAUAUUAUACAGAAAAUUAAAGUUGUUUACACGGAGAAAAAAAAUUAACAAAAAAUGUCACGAUAUUCAAGCUCCAUCUGACACGCACGGAAACCAUUUUGUUUCACGCUUGAUUAAACGCCAACACACCAGAUGUAAAGUAAUAAAACAAGUUAAAUUAUAAUAAAAUAAGACGCUCAUACAUUCACUAUACUUCUAGCGCACUCUUUUAACAACUCAAAAGCAAUAUACCAUUUGAUUAUUGCAUAUCCAUCGAGUUCUAAGUUUUAUUUCCUACAGCAAGAUAUUUUUUUAAAAAAUCUACUAUUGUAGACAUGGAAACGAAUAUUUUUCAGAAUUGCGUUCAGAGAAGCGUAUAUAUAGAGUAAAAUCACUUUUCUUGGCACGGUAGUAGAACUAUUUGACCAUAGCAUUAUUGUCCAUCAAAAUAUCAGAUUUUUAAAAUUUUUCGUUACAGUUUACUUUUUAAUGUAAAUUAAAAUGGACCAUUUACGCUUUUUUCCGACAUCACGGAAACUGCCGCAAGUGUUAUAUGAAAACAAGCUUCAAUUUUAAUACGACAUCAUGAGCCGGAAUUCCGUCCAUAUACUACUCCCCAUCUUUUUUCCCAUCUCCCUUUUCCGCAUGAUCAUGCAGAUCGGACCUUAACCUCAACAUUCGAUUAAUUCAGUUUUAAAUUUAUCUAUUUGUGCUUGCAGAAUCCUUAUCAAGUAAAACAUGAAAAUCUCUCAGGUGGAGAUUGGAAAAUGUAUUAUGUAAUAUACUUUAUGCAUGCUGAGUUUCCACGCAUAGACGGUAAAAUAUUAUUAGGUAAUUGAUGAGUGUUAAGGACUUUAAACGGAGAUAAUAUCUGAAAGAUAAGAUUGUAAAAUACAAACCCUUUUGAAAACAACCGUCAAGAGGUCAAGCGAUUUAUAAAUUUUAAUUUCUUUGUCUCUGACAUUGUCCGAUUUCAAGUUUUAAUGCUCAAUUGUUCAUUUCAAAAUAUCAUGACACUGGCACAAAACUUUCUUAAAUCAUUUUUCAUCACCUGUCUUCAUGCAAUCCUUUUCUCCAAAUCAAGCAUUCAGACUUUCGUUGUGUUCAAACAUACGUCAGUCGAUCGUUAUAUUUCAUUAAAAAUUUAGAAAUUAAGAAUGACUUUUUAGACUUCAAUUUCAUGUCAACUAACAAAAACGUCAUAUAUAAUCCCAUUUUGGGAUAAUCACAUAGUAUUUUAUGAUUAUUUUCCUUGCAUAAUUGCCAGUGUUAUACAUAUACACUUCAGUUAAUUUCUCUAAAUGUCUUAUCUAAAACAGGAAAAAAAUCAUCAGCAAAUUUGUAGUCCUCCACGACAUCCAAAUCAACUUUUUAGCCGCAAUUUCGUUAGAAAACUGCCGUUUGGACUUCUGCAUAAUCAGAUUACAGCCAGUUAUUAACGUAACUGGGGCGUAAUAAUUAAAGUUUGGAGCGAUUUUUGUCUAAUAAUGUCAAUUUUCGGCAGGUGAAACACGUUUACUCCCGCGGCUAGCUUGGAAAAAAACUGAAAAAAAAAUCAAUAGAACUGUUGUACAUUUUAUACAAUGUACUGGCAAAUUUACGAAAACCAAAAUUAAUUCAUGAGAGAUCUUUUCAAGUCGAUACAUUAACAAUCGAGUAGCGAAUACAUCUGUUGUUCCAAUAUUUUAUAAAACAGAAUGAUACAAAGUCUGAUUGAUGGUAAUGUGACACUAAUUAGACGCUUAUGCAUUUUGAAAAUCGUCCAUUAUUAAUGAAACGGCUUUUCGGCUAAAACAAUGAUCAACAAUCCGGUAAUAACUUUUCCCACGUGUGCAAAGCGGCAGGGGUGAUGCUGCACAUACGACGCAGACAUUUGUUUAAGUGGAAUUUAAGGCGCGCAGUUAGGCAAGAGGACUAAUACAUUUUAUAUACGCAGUGAUACUAAGAUGAGCUCCUUCCUCAUAGACUCGCUCAUUCAGAGCAAUCAACGUAAAACCUCUCCAGUAUCUCCGACUGUCAGAGAACCUACACCGUACAACAUGAUGGCCUGUACAUAUUGCUGGACACCACAACAUGAUAAGAUCAAUUUUUGUCAGUUAUGCAUUCCUGGAACAUCAACCAUAAGUUCCUAUGCCAUGCCAGUAAGGAGUCAAGUAAUCCCAGGAACUGCCAUACGUCAAAAUAUGAUUACUAAGGAUUACCCGCGACUGCAAAAUCCUUUUCGCAGCCCAUCUGAAAGCGGGAUGCACUUAGAUUCAAAUUUUGGUAAGUUAAAAAACACUGUAGCUACGUAUAAAGACUAUAUAGAUAAGAGUUAGUAGAUUUGUAUCUUUUUAAAAGAGAUUAUUCAAAGAUACAUCAAUUCACUCAUUUUUAUAUGGAAGGAUGACAAUUUAUACCUGACAGUUUUUUUAUUUAUCAUGAAUUUCUAAUUUUUCUUUUAAAAAUAAAAUGAUUUAUAAGAUAUCUUAUGGAAACAGAGCCAGAGGAAUCGUUUGUCGAACUAAAUAUGUUAAACUGUCAAUUUUUGUAUUUCCUGAAACGUGCUUUUUGAAAGUCUAUAUUCUUCAAGCUAGGAAAUAUUGUGGCCGUGAGACUCACAAGUUUUACGCUGCAUCUUUACUUCGUUUUCAGUAUUUUAUGUUUCGCAUUAUCUUGUACAUUAUUUUCACACGUUUAUCUGUUAAAUCUUUUGUACAAAUUUAAUUUUAGUCUGUGUUUUCUAUGCUCCAGAAACAAAGCUAUCAGAUCGAACAUCUAUAUUAUCUUAAGUUUUUAUAUGUCUUAAUUUUCUUUGUCCAAACCGCGCUCAUAACAAAUGGAACACUUUGUAUACAACAUGCUUGAGGCACAACUAAAAUGGUGAUAAAGCAAUGUAAUAAACUACACUUCCGUACAGUUCCGUUCAUAGCUUUCAAAUCGGUUCGUAUAUGAUUGGCGGAUAGAUAGAUCUUAAUUGUACCUAACAUGCAAUGAGUUAAAACGCAAGAGGAGGAAACGCCCUCUAUAGUUUUGUACAAGUUGAUAACGUUAGUCAAUUUUUUUCAUUGCAACAAAUUAACAAGAUACAAUAUUGCGUCAGCAAAUAAGCAAAACUAAAAUUGCAACCUCUGUUCAUAUACCAUUAAAUACACAGGAUGAGGAAACUCUACAAUUUCUCGAGUCCCUGAAGACAGACACCUUGCAAAACAAGCUUCUGGAAUGCCAACUAUUGAACUGUACUUGAACGCUUUUUGGUAUACUAGAGGUUUCUUUUUUCACAUUAUGUAACAUGCAUAUAUAUAUCUACAUAUGCAAUUUUGUUAUUCAUUUUCAGGUCGAGAUGAAGACCUAUGUGGCAAGGGCAACUCGCGUACAAAAAGAAUACGAACUGCUUACACAAGCCUUCAGUUGUUAGAGUUGGAAAAAGAAUUCAGCAACAACCGUUAUCUUUCUCGUUUGAGAAGAAUUCAGAUUGCCGCCAUGUUGGAAUUAACCGAAAAACAAGUGAAAAUUUGGUUCCAAAAUCGUCGUGUGAAGUGGAAGAAAGACAGAAGAAUGUCAAACUCUGCAAGUAUGUCCUGCAGCUCAGGCAUCACUGUCAAGUGUGAAGCACAAACUAUUGAUGAUGACAUUGAUUUUACCUCUAAGGAAGACAGAUAGACAUUUGUCAGACCAAUCUCAAUGUCCAAAAUUUUAAGUCCUUAAUUAAAAGUGUCUAUAUACUGAACUACAAUAACAGCGGAAGAAGAAAGAAAUGCGCCAUAUAUUCCAACAGACAAACAUAAUUUAA